AUGGCACCCACCGCACCCAUCACUCUCCCUCCUUCCUUCUUCAACUCGUUUUGGUCCCCAGACUACCGCACAGGUCUUGACACUCUCUUUCGUCAACUCGAGGCUGGCACCAUCGAGAACAAUGAGGUCGCUGACUUUAUCAACGCGCAAGCCCGCGCCCACCAGUCGCUGGCCGCGUUGUUGAGAGAAUCCAAUAUCAGCCCUGGCACCAACUCGACGUCAUCACUGCAGCACACCCUUAUGUCGCUCCGCAACGCCUCGGCGGGACGAGGUGAAGCUAACCGCGCACUAGCCAUGGAGCUGCAGGAACACAUUCUCGUUCCGUUCAACGGCUGGAAGGCUCGUCACGAGGACCGCAUUGAAACUGCUCGUGACGACAUGCUUGGCAAGGGCGGCCUUAUCGCCUCAUGGGAGAAGGAGGUGAACAAGCUGAUGGGGCUGCGCCAGGCAUACACCAACAAGAUGCGGCUUGCAGACGAGAGUGAGGAGGACGCACAGUUCGCCCCUGGCACAGCUUCGCUCAAGUCGCCUGACGCAAACAGCAACUCGUCGCUCGCAAAGCAAUCGGGACUGAUGCGAUCGGGAACGGUUGCGGACCGCAUCAGCGAGAAGCUGAGGCAAGCCAGCUCGGGCUCGCACUCGCGCUCCAGCUCUGUGGCGUCCCAGUCAGGCGCCUCCCCGUCAGACAAGGACUUACCUCCCCCGCCUCCUCCCGUCAUUCAAGAGGAGGAGAAUAAGGUGGAGGAGCGUCCCAAGUCGCCCACUGGCUCGGCCAAGGUGGCGCCCCCGAAGCUGCAGAUCGGCGGCGCGCCUCGUGCUGCCGAUGACUCGCCCUCGAGCCCUACCCAUGAGGACGCGUUUAUCCCACCUACAGACCCCAAUGGCCGCCCCAAGAUGAGUAACGAGGAGCCCGCCAGCGCCAUAGACGAGCACGGCAACGAAUUCAUCCUCCUUUCCGGUGUUGCCCUCGCUCCUCGCGCCUUCAGGGCCCUCCUCAGCCGAUUUGACCAGUACCUCUUGACCCACGUUGCGCCGGGCAGCGAACAGGCUCAGUCGUCUGAGCUCUCUACGCGCCAGACCCUUGCGUCUCGCCAAAGGAGCUCGAUCCUCGGCACAUAUGAGAAAACGUUCUCUGGCGAGGAGCUCGUUUCGUGGCUCUCGCACAAUCUGGAGGGCCUCGGCGGCGAGUGGGACCGCUGUGUCGACGCUGGCGAUGAGCUCCUCCGCAUGGGCCACCUCUCUCGCGUCGGUGUGGUCGGCCGCGGCUUCGAGCCGGAGGACGACGUCUUCUUCGUGCUCAAGGUUGAUGCUUCGGAGAGCUCUGGCGUCAGCGUCGCCGGCCUCCGCAAGAACCUCAGCACCUAUGCCAAAACGGCCGAGAACUACGCCAACUCGGGAUACAAUUACGCGGCAUCCAAUGCCCCCGCUGCGCGCCAGUAUGCCAACAACAACCUCUCCAACCUGCAGACGUCGAUCAGCAGUUUCUCGCUUCCCGCUGUGGCCUCGGGACCAUCGGUUCCCACGUGGGCGAAGAACUACCUCCCGGCCGCUGUCUCGUCCAACGAGCCUGCGCACAUCCGUCUCCGCCUCGAGGCUAACCGCGCCAACGAGUUGUACCACUCUGGUGUCUCCCAGGCUGAAGCCUGCCGCCUCGACAUGGAGGAGCGCAUCGAGCGCGGCCUCCGUACCUGGGAGCGUUGGGAACGUGAGCGUCUCGGCGUCAUCCGCUCCAUCCUCAAGCACUACGAGGUUGCGCUGGCCAAGCUGCCCAAGCGUCUUGAGCAGGGUGACGAGGCGACUGCUCUCGCCGUGGAGACGUACAACCCCGAGUCUGACCUCAAGGCCCUCAUCGAGGGCAGCCGUACUGGCCCCUUCCGGCCUCGCCCACAUAUCUAUGAGUCGGUCGAGUCCGAGGUGCCUGACGUCAACUUCGGUAUCGACCUGCGGCGGUGGUCUGGCGAGACGGCCUGGAAGUCGCUCAUGAAUGCGCCUCAGCGCGCUAAAGACGCCAUCCCAGAGGUCCUCGAGGGCCUCCUUACUGCGGUGGGCACUAUGAGUGCCGACGUGUCGGACGACGAGCGUCGUAAGGCGUGGAUCUACGAGGUGCCGCUCGAGGAGACGCACAUGCUUCGCAACGCCAUCAACCACUCGCAGCUCCGCGUUGACGAGAUCGCCACCAUUGCUCAGAAGUUCAACCUCCCUACCGUGUGUGGUGUCGUCAAGCUCUGGCUCCUUGAACUCAACCCUCCUGCUCUGGGCUGGGAGGGCUGGGAGGACGCCAAGGCGAUCUACCCUUCGGUUGGUGCCGACCUGGAGCGCGACAUGACGUCGGCAGUCAGGUCCGUUGUUGGGCGCCUCCCCACAUCCCAGCUUUUCACGCUGAAUGCGGUGAUCAAGCACUGGAAGGACCUCGUCGACGGCACGAAGACGGAGGAGCCGGCCGAGCUCUACAUCAAGAAGCUCUCCAUCUCGACUGGCCGUUGCAUCCUUCGCCCACAGUACGAGACCGAGCUCACAAUCCAGGACCGUACCCCUGGUCUGUUCCUGGAGGACCUGCUAGAACACUACAGCAACGUCUUCCCCAAGCUCCUCGAGGAGAAGCGCAACCAGCAGGACCGCGUCAUGCCCGUGCGCAAGCGCACUGCGCUUGUCGACCAACGCAUCUCACGUUCGAGCCUGGGCGGAAACACAGACUCGCAGGCGGCGCUCCUUCAACAGCAGCGCUCUCUGCAAGCUGACGUCCCUCAGCAGCCGCCCGUUCCUGUCGUCCCUUCCGCCGCGGACGUGGGCCCUCAGAUCCCUCCGUCGUCCGGCCCUCCCAUCCAGCCCGUGCCCGUCCCUGCGCCAAUCACCGCGCCAGUUCCCGUUGCUGCGGUCCCUGCUGUUCCGUCAGGCCCAUCGGCCUCGUCGGCCGUCCCGCCUGCCAACUUUGGCCAACCUCGUAUGGUGUCGCCUCCCGCUAGCUUCAGUCAGCCUCGUAUGGUCUCGCCGCCCGCUAACUUUGGGCCGCCUCGUAUGAUCUCGCCGCCCGCUAGCGAUGACGAGAGCGGGCCACCCGCGCGCUUCGUCUCGCCGCCUGAAUCGCCCAUUUUCCACACCCCGCCGCUUCCAACACCUGCCCCUGCCGUCAUCCCCCCAGCACCUGCUACGGACCGCCCCGCGACCCCUGUGCGCAGUGGGACGCCGCAGGGACGCGGGACGCCUUCCCCCAGCAAGGUCGAUGACGAGCGCGUUGGCAUCCCCACAAGCACUGGUAGCCUGAAGCGCAACACGUCGAGUGAGACAAGCCGCCUGCGUGGUCCUCGGGGAGCGCGAGGUCCCCGCGCGCAGAGCGGUCACGCAAGCCGUGGCUCUGUCAACGCGCUCGCCGCGCAGUUCGAGAAGAAGUAG